UUGAUUCAUUCUGGACUUUGACUCUGCAGCCUUCUCUCGCUUUAACACCUCAAGAGAAGAAACUCGGACACACACAGCAGCAUUACAGAAUGAUUAACACGAAGUACGGACACCUCGGUGACUUCAGGGCGUUGGUCGUCAUGCAACACUCUCUGGUCCUUUUUAUUGUGACAUGUUCUUGUGGAGGUCAUUCUCAGGUGAUUGGUUCGUCUCAACCAAUAGUGGCAAUAGCUGGUGAUGAUGUAAUUUUGCCUUGUCAACUUGAGCCUGCUGUGGAUGCUCGUGAAAUGACAGUGGAGUGGGCAAGACCUGACCUGAAGCCCAAGUAUGUCUUCUUGAGGCGAGACGGCACAGAGCUUCAACGGGACAAACAUCCGAUGUACAAGGGGAGAACAUCACUGUCUGAAGAUAAACUGAGGUGUGGAGACAUUUCACUGAAACUCACCGAGGUGAAACUCUCUGAUUCAGGAGCAUACAGGUGCCUUGUUCUUGGAACCAACAAAGAAUAUGUUAUUAAGCUGACUGCAGGUUCUGUAUCUUUACCGACCGUGAGCAUUUCCAAAGCCAGCAGUGGAGUGGAUCUUCAAUGUAAAUCUGAAGGCUGGUAUCCAGAGCCUGAGGUGUUGUGGCUGGACGGUGAUGGAAACCUCCUCUCUGCUGGAUCUACAGAGAUCAUCAGAGGUCCCAAUAAUCUCUAUACUGUCAGCAGCAGAGUGACUGUGGAGAGGAGACACAACAACAUGUUCACCUGUAGAGUCACACAGAACAACAUCAACCAGACCAGAGAGACACUCAUACAUGUUUCAGAUGAGCUCUUCAUGGUCCAGUCUAGUUCUAUUAUCCCCAUCACAAUCUGUGUCAUUGUGUGCUUAGUGUCGAUCGUUGCAGUUGUUCUUGUUGUGAGGAAAUGUAGACAAAACAAGAAAAUCAAGAAGCACCAUGAGGGUAAGACUGACCUGGGAGAAAGAAAAAUGUUCAGACAUGACAUUGAACAUCAGCUUCUGUUGGAGAAAGAAGGAGACGGAGAUCAACCCAUGACUGAAAACAAGAAGCACCAUGAGGGUGAGACUGACCUGGGAGAAAGAAAAAUGUUCAGACAUGACAUUGAACAUCAGCUUCUGUUGGAGAAAGAAGGAGACGGAGAUCAACUCAUGACUGGAAAUGAGAAGAUGAAGUUAUUAGAUAAUGUAAAGGCUAAACAAGAUGAGAAGUUAGAGAAGAAAGAGAAAGAACUGAAACAUGUACAACAGGCGAUUAAAACACUGAUGGAGCAGAAGAAGGAUCUGAAGAUACAGAGAGAGAAAAUCAUCUCACUACAGCAGGAAGACAUGGUACAGAUAGAGAAGAACCUGAAGAAGCUGGAAGAGAAGGCUACUUUAAAUGGAGAAAAAAAGAAGAAGAAACGUGAAAAGACCAAAGAGGAUCUAGAGAAGAGAAAGACAAUACAUGAUGACAUGUUAAAGAACACAGAGACACAACUGGAGUCAACAGAUGAUUUGUUUAACACAAUGACUGAGAAGAAAGGGAAACUAGAGAAUGAUAAGGAACAAAUUGAAAAGUACCUCAAAAAAACAGAGAGGAAGAGAGAAGAGGUUCAGAAACAGAUUCAGAGAAAGAGAGUAGAGGAGUAAAAGAUGACAAAAGAACGUGAAACACAGUCGCCAGAGGGAGGGGACGUAAUAAAUAAUCUAUCUGGGGGUGGCAGUAGCUCAGUCUGUAGGGACAUGGGUUUGGAACCAAGUAUGGAAGUUGGUCUGGUAGCUGGAGAGGUG